AUGGCUACAUCUUUCAUUCUGUACGAUUCGCCGGAAACUUCUUGUUCAUGGGAUGAACUUCUUUUCCGGCAUAAUGCCCACCCUUUCAAUCAAUUCGACUACCACGAUGCGUUUUACCCCGUUUUACUAGCGGAGGAGGGCGGCAUAGAGUUUCCGGUACCCAAUUCCACCGCCGUAUCUGCGGCCAAGAAAGAGGUCACGUACGAGCCGAAGAAGGUGAAGUCGUAUCGCGGUGUUCGGAAGCGGCCGUGGGGGAAAUUCGCGGCGGAGAUAAGGGAUUCAACGAGAAACGGAACCCGGGUCUGGCUCGGAACGUUUGAUAGCGCAGAGGCUGCCGCCAUGGCGUACGAUCAAGCGGCAUUCUCGACAAGAGGGACGCUGGCGGUGUUGAAUUUCCCUGUGGAGAGAGUUAAGGAAUCAUUGAAGGAGAUGAAAUAUGGGUUUGAAGAAGGGUGUUCCCCUGUGAUGACGUUAAAGAAGAGGCAUUCUUUGAGGAAAAAACCGGCGGUCAGAAAGAAUAAACCGGUGGCUGCCACCGUGCCGGAGGAAAAACCCACGGUGGUUUUCCAAGAUUUGGGUGUUGAUUAUUUGGAAUCACUAUUACUUCUUUGUGAAUCAUCAACACCACAAUCUUGA